AUGAAGAUUCCUUUUUCAAAUCGAACGGUGGACGUGGAGCUUCCUAAUACUCAAGGGCAGGCCAAGGUAACUGUCAAAAACAUAAUGGAAGACUUCCAUCGCCAAAUGGGAGAUGACUUUCCCACGUUAUUCGAGGCUUUUGUCUUAUUAUCGCCUCGCAAAGUUCGUAUUACUUGUCGCACCGCAUUGAAUAUGGAAGAAGUGUGCCACUUCGGGCUUACGUUUAGAGAUGUUCGUCUAAAGUUCAACCCGGUCAGGACGGCCAAAUGGGUAAACAUUACGCGUCUGAGUUAUGGUAUUCCCAAUGAAGUGAUUGCUGAUGCUUUGAAACCAUACGGCAAAAUCAUUCAGAUUAAAAUGGACUCCUUUCAUGGGGUUUAUGUUGGGGUCCGUCAAGUCUUAAUGGAACUGUGUAAGCCAAUUCCUUCGCGGCUGAUCAUUGCAGCUCAUUCCUGCAAUUGUUUUUACGUUGGUCAGGCUCAGACGUGCUUCUCGUGCCACCAGACAGGGCAUAUGACUAAAGAUUGCCCUAAUCACACACAUGCUACAGACAAUAUCAUCAAUGCAGAUGGUCCAUUAACGAGAGUAAAUCGCCUGUCGACCAGUACAGUAACUGACGAACGCAUUGGUGCCCAUGGUCUGGGUACUCAGGUUAGGCAUACCACUGAUGAGAGCCACACUAGCUUACCGCAAUUAAUAGAUGGUCCUCAUCCGUCCAUUACAGCUAGUAAUGCUGAUAGCCAUAGUCACGGCUCGCAUGCUAGUAAUACCAAUACUAAUCUUGACAAUCAGUUGUUGAACGGUUCAGUCAUUAACUCGGAUGUUCCUAAUGCAGAUGUUAGCCGUGAUGACAAUGUUCAUAACAUCAAUGCAGGUGGGGUCACGUCUACUUUCCCCCUGUCCUCUGCAAAAGUUUCUUCUGCAGCGGUUCAGAAAUCAUCUCGUAAGGAUUCUGACGACUCGGACGAUGAUGAUGAUGAAUUUGUCGAUGUCCUCGAGCAGCUUCCACUACCAGCAAGUGAAGGCGGCCAGCAGCCACUUCCUAUUGUUCUUGGAAAACGCACUAGGGAGCCUGAUGACUCUGAUGUUUCCGAUAUCUCGGAAAAGCGUGUUGAUCGAAAUCAAUCUUCGGAUGGGGGCGUAGUUGAGGAUGAUUUUGUCCCUACUUCUCUGCCUCUCCCUCCUAGUCCUUUGGCUCGUUUCCCUCCUCUAAUCAGUUUUCGUCUCUUUGUGACGAAGUUGAUCCCACAUCCAUGGAUCACGAUGCAAAUGGUGUUGUAGUUCCAUCUGGCAGGAGUACAUCUGUACAGAGAAAGGUUCGUGCUCGCAAGUCGCAACGCCGGGAUGCUUUUCUUUACACUGUGGAUGAUUAUUCACCUCUUCCCUCCGCUCCUCCUGCGGAUGAUUCUACGUCUAUCGCCUCCGAGGUCAUUGGUUCGCCCUCCAUCGACGCUUAUGAGGGCGGAGAUGAGGCGGAUGGUGGUGGUGAUAAUAUGGAACCGUCUAUGGUCAACGAUAACGAAUACCCUAACAUACCCGAAAAUGGAUCGGAAUUUGGCAUGGCUCAGGAAAAUGAUACUCAGAAUACCCCCUCAAGGCCUACUCGAUCAUCUUCAAAUAACAGUGUUAUCUCGUACUGUCCUCGUAGAUGUAAGAAGAGGGAGAAGCCUCUACCAAGUAUUUUUUCGGUUUUAGGUUUGGUCGGCACGGUGGUUUCUACUUUCGUGGGUAUCGCUAGGGCUUGGGUGGCAUUUUAUGGUUUACUAUUUACGUCGCAGAGUCUAGAUCCAACUGAACAAGACUUCUUCUUGAAUUCCUUGUCACUGAAACUGUCCAGAGCUGAACAAAGUUUAUGUGAAGGGGAACUGAGGUGGAAUGCAAGAGAGCACUGGAUGCCAUGGCUGGUAAAUCUCCGGGCCUUGAUGGACUCCCAGCUGAGUUCUAUCAACGUUUUUGGUCGGUUCUUGGAGCUGAUCUUGUCGAUGUCAUUAAUUUUGCUUAUAUUCAUGGACAAUUGUCUCCCUCACAGCGAUCUGGGGUUAUCACGCUCAUCCAUAAGCGUGGGGAUCGUCUUGACAUGAAGAAUUGCCGUCCCAUCACAUUAUUAUGCGCUGACUAUAAAACUGUUGCCAAAGCUAUUGCCAAUCGUUUGCUGGGUGUUAUUGCCAAGGUAACUCAUUCGGAUCAAACUUGUGGGGUUGGCAGCCGGAAUCCUUUAGAAAGUGUUCGUUUGCUGAAGGAUGUGGUUUUUCAUGCCAAUCAGAAUCAUAAAGCAGCUGCAGUUAUUUCGCUGGACCAGGAGAAGGCGUUUGAUCGGGUGGAAUGGGGGUAUUUAUCCUGUGUAUUGCAGACUAUGAAUUUUGGUCCAUCCUUCCAGAAAUGGGUAUUUUUAUUAUAUUCAAAUAUAUUUUCCUGUAUCCUGAUCAAUGGUGAAACAACUGAGUUUUUCUCGGUCUCUCGGGGUGUUCGUCAAGGCUGUCCCUUAUCCCCUUUACUCUACGUAUUGGUGGCGGAAACAAGAGCUAGUGCAAUUCGUGCGGAUCGUUUCAUCGAUAGUUACAUCUUACCAAAUGGCCGGUCGGUUAAGCUAUGUCAAUACGCUGAUGAUACAUCCGUUAUCGUAACUACGGACUUGGAAUUGAAUGCUUUGUUCCAUUUGUUUCAUUUGUUCCAUUGUUCAAGGCUUCCGGGGGCUAAAUUAAAUGUUACAAAAUGUCAUGGGUUGUUGAUUGGUACAUGGCAAUCUCGUUCCAAUCUACCAAUUGCGCUGGAUUGGUCCAAUGUGGAAAUCAUUGUUCUGGGUUCUCGUAUCUCUAAUGAUGAGGAACAAUGGGAGUCAAAGAUCAAGGCUUUGAAGACUACUUUGACAGCUUGGAAUCGGAGAGCGCUUUCCUUUCGUGGACGCGCUCUCAUUGCCAAUAUGCUGGGGCUGAGUACUCUCUGGUAUCUAUGUUCGUUUUCUGUAAUACCUGAAGCAAUCAUUAAAGCUGUCAAUGGGGAGAUUUUUCCAUUUGUAUGGCGGAAGAAACGGGAAUGGCUGGCUCGCUCUUCAGUCACACAACGACCUAAUCAAGGGGGUUUAGGUGUGGUGGACGUCUAUCGUAGGAUGUUGUCUCUGCAUGUGUUAUGGGUGAAGAGGCUUAUUUUUCGUCCCAACUUGCCGUUGACUAGUUUCUUUUCUCAGUAUCUCACGCGCGCAUUCCCUGGUCGCUCUGUUCACCAAAUUAGGGACCUUUAG